UGCUCUAACCUCACUUCUCACUUUCUGUUUCAUAACAAGUUAUUUCGAAAAAACUCGAUUUUAACAAAUCAUAAUGUUCAUAACAGCGCGGUUGCUGGCGAACAGGCACCCACCGUUCAUAGCGCGCACGGUGUUCGUACAAAAUAAUAACGUCGAUGAUGCCUGCAGGCUCAUAAACAGAAUCCUAGGAAAAGAGGGCAUUUUGGAACAGUUCAGGCUGACCAGAUACUAUGAAAAGCCCUUCCAGACGAGACGGCGAAUAAAUCACGAAAGGUGCAAAGCUAUUUACAAUGAAGAUAUGGAGAGAAAAAUCAAAUUUGUUCUCCGCAAAAACAGACAUGAGCCGUUCCCAGGAUGCUAUUGACUUACCAUAAAUAGUUUAGGUAGAGAUUAAAGUUGUACAAAACGAAUGGUAUAAUUAAUAUAAAGUUGUAAUUCUA